AUGUCCAUGUCUACUCUCUUCAACUCAAAGACAUUCAAUACCACCUACAAGGCCCACUUGGGGGUUCUUCUCGCCCUCUUCGUCAUUUGUAUGAUUGUCCUCGUGGCAUUGGUCCUCAGCCCUGUCAACAGAAGAUCCGUCUUGCACUACAAGAAACGGAAGCAACAAUUAUACCCUCAAGAAGCGAUUGCGGAGUAUAGAGGAAACACCUACAACGAUGGAACAUCAAUAAGGAUGAGCACUCUCAAUCCCGUAACAAGUGACAAUCCAUUCUACCAAAAGUCCUCGGACAUAUCGCGGCCCCUGAACAUUCAAGGAGCACAGAGCUCAAUAGAGGAACCUGUGAGCUUGGCUGUCGAUCCUCGAGUGAGCCGUUGA